CUUAAAUAACAAAAGCAGUUGAGCACAGAUGGGCUACUGCGACAUUCAAAACAUGGAACAAUUUUAUUUUUAACCUUAUGUACUGUGUCUAGAAAUAAAUAAAUUGGUUUACCCAGUAAAACAGUGAAAUUCUUUUCGGGGGUCCCAUUCUCCAUCAAAGGUGUUCACUGCAUAAGCAGCCACGCGUAUAUGAGUUCUUCCUACUAGCUUUUCUAUUCAACCCCAUCCUCCCUGUUACUCGGCAUUAUUAGUUCAUUCCCAUCCCCACCCCCCGACCGCCGUCCUCCUCCGCCUGUCACCGCCGGAUUACGCUCAUCUAUAUAUAUAUUCUGAGAGAAGUAGAAGAAAUUGAACAACUCGCACCCCAUAGUAGAAGUUGAAAAAAAUGGACAAAUUGGACAAGCUGAAAAUAGCUUCAUCCUCGUUCGGGGAGAGGUUAAAGACGGGCGGAGCCCAAAUGAGCCGACUGGUCAGCUCAAAGAUGAAGGAAAUCCUUCAAGGCCCAACGCCCGAAUCGAAGAUGGUAGACGAGGCUACUUUAGAGACAAUGGAGGAGCCCAACUGGGGUCUCAAUCUGAGAAUUUGCGCCAUGAUUAACAGCGAGGAGUUUAAUGGGACGGAGAUCGUGAAGGCCAUCAAGAAGAAGCUGUUGGGAAAGAGCCCAGUUAGUCAGCGAUUGAGCCUGGAUUUGUUGGAGACUUGUAGUUCGAAUUGCGAGAAAGUCUUCUCUGAGGUGGCUUCGGAGAAGGUUCUGGAUGAUAUGAUGAAGGUGAUUGAUGAUCCCAAGACGGACCAUGAGAACCGGGUCAAGGCGAUGCAGCUGAUCAGGGUUUGGGGCGAGUCUGAGGAUCUCAUGUAUUUGCCUGUCUUCCGUCAAACUUACACGAACUUGAAGACAAGAACAAUUAUCCCCGAAACGCCAGAUAACAAUUUGCCCCAAUUGCAGCACCAUCUUGGGACAUAUGUCGAUCAGGACCCACUGUCACCUCCUGAAAGUUACCCCGUACCUGAAAUGGGGUUGCACAAUGUAGAGCACGAUAUGUUCAGAAGUCAUGGUGGCCAGUCUGUUGAAGAAAAGAGAGAAUUACUUCUGGUGACUCGUAAUACUCUUGACCUAUUCUCCAGCAUAUUGAACGCCGAGGAUGGAGCCAACCCUGUUAAGAAUGAACUUACCACAAGCAUGCUGGAAAAUUGCAAGCAAUCUCUCCCCACUAUUCAGGGAAUCAUAGAGGGCACAGUGGAUGAUGAGGGCUUACUGAUUGAGGCUCUAAGCCUCCAUGAUGAACUUCAACAAGUAAUAUCUAGAUAUGAGCAAAUGGAAGCUGCUACGGAACCUGAAGGAAAUAUGUCAAAACCAGUUGGUGUCGAAAGAUCACAUUCGCACGAGUCUGAUACACCAGAUGCCAAUGCCUUAGCGCAGGGUGAAAACCCAGUCGAUGAUGAAAAAGAGGAUGACUCAAAAGUGGAGACUGCCGAGGGUGGCAGCAGCAGCAAAACCCCAACCGAAAAGAUUCCUGAGAACAAUGGCAUGGCUGUAACAAAAGAGAGACCGAGCUCAAAUUGAUUGCUGGCUGUGGAGCACGAAAUCGUAGUUGAAUAUAGCUGAAUCCUACGAUGUUUGUCAUGAUGAUUGACUUGUAUGUUUAGAUGACGACUUUAAUUUGCUACAGUUAGGAAGGGAUUGCUCACACGAUAUCAGUGUAUCUAUUUUCCAAUGUUUUUAUUUCGGUACUUUCCGUUUUAUCUAUCUUUUUUUUUUUUUUUUUGAUUACUCCCUUUUAUCUCUUUUUAUUUUCAUAUAUUUUCGCCAACAG